AUGGAACACUCUGGACAGACGAGCUCGAUAGCCUAUGUCUCAUUCCCGCCGCCAGAUUCUUUCGCUGUCUUAUCGAGGGCGUAUGAUUCUACCGACGCUUUUUCUUCGCCUCAGUAUCCUCCUGUGCAUGCUCGAAGCGACAUGUCGAAUAACGACUUCAAGAGGACACCCGCGCACCAAGAAUGGGCUCCCGAUCCUGCCUGGUGGCCAGUUCAUCAUUGGCAUGUGCAGCGGCCAUCUCAGUGGGAGCUCUCUCCCAGCUCCCUUGCCUCCGCCUUUCCCUGUUCUGCUGAUUCGCAGCCCAGGGAUCCGCCAGAAUCAUAUCCCGAAUCUUGCGACCCUCCCACCUCGCAAUCACUCAAAGCUUGCGCCCACUGCGCAGUAACUUCGACGCCGCUCUGGCGGCGAGAACGUGGCACUGGCGAAUUGCUGUGCAACGCGUGUGGACUGUAUCUGCUUCAGCGAAACGUUCCCCGGCCACUUUCCCUCAUUGAGGCGGACAUGGGGCCCCUCUCUGUGAACGCGCAGAUUCCCGACUAUGAAUACUCCGGACCAAUGUGUUCCAACUGCAGAACUCGCGUGACUAGCGUUUGGAGGAAGAACAUUCGCGGCCUGGUGGUGUGCAAUGCGUGCGGUGUUUGGGAGAGGCUCAAGGGAGGCGCACGGCCAAUCGAGUUAAGGCGGGAUAAUAUCAAGCCGCGCACGAGGCAUGCGAGGAAGGUGUUUAGGCUGAAAUGA